AAACAGAGAUAUGUUGUAGAUUAAAAUGAACCACAUGAGAUAAAGAGCCAUAUCUUAUAGUAUUUCUUUUGCAAGUCUACCAAAUUUAGACUUUUCGCAAGUGUGUAUUUUUUGUCAAGUUGCUAAAUAUUUUGGUGUGGAUCUUGCUACAGAUUUAAGGAGGUAUGUUUUAUCUGAGUUUAAUAGAACACACACUGAGAUUGCCGCCUCAUCUCCUAAGUCUUCCACUCAAUGAAUCAAUCAGAGGAGAACUUGAGAGUCUCUUUGUGGAUAAGGUUAUUGCAAAUUUGGGCCUUGCCAUAUCUAUUUACGAUAUUCGCUCCAUAGAUGGUGGUUUUAUCUAUCCAAGUGAAGGGGCCUCAACAUAUACGGUCAAGUUUAGACUGGUAGUGUUUCGCCCAUUUGUAGGCUUAAUAACUGCUAGACUCAAAGAGUCCAAUGCAGAGGGUUUGCGCUUGUCGCUUGGAUUUUUCAGUGACAUUUAUGUACCCGCACCUCUGAUGCCAGUUCCAUCACGUUCUGAACCUGAUUCGGAAAACCAGAACCAAGUCAGGUGGAUAUGGACGUUUGAUGAACAGGAAUAUCCUAUUGAUGGCGUAGAUGAGAUUAGGUUCCAAGUUCAGAAUGUUAGUUAUCCUUCAAUACCUCGUAUAAUUCCUGAGUUUUAG